CUUGGAGUGCUGACGUGGUGAGAGUUAGCGGUGGUGAGCAGCGUCAUCUCUACUGGAGGAGUAGGAGGUGGCGAGAAGAGCAGCUACCCUAGUGUCUCCGGUGUGUGUAUUUCAGAGUAGCGGCCCUGCCUUCGCCACUUGUCACCAUGGGCAUCCGCAAGAAAACCAACAAGAACCCACCGGUGUUGAGCCAUGAGUUCGUCAUUCAGAACCACGCGGAUAUCGUGUCCUGUCUGGCAAUGGUUUUCCUUUUGGGUUUAAUGUUUGAGAUUACAGCAAAAAUGACAGUCAUGUUUGUCACUCUUCAGUACAAUGUUACCAUUCCAGUUGAAGGUGUACUUGAACCAAUUUCUUUGUAUCACUAUGGAAUAAAAGAUAUAGCAACGGUUUUCUUCUACAUGCUUGUGGCCAUAAUAUUGCAUGCAGUUAUUCAAGAAUAUGUGUUGGAUAAAAUUAAUAGACGCAUGCACUUUUCCAAGACGAAACACAGCAAAUUUAACGAGUCUGGGCAGCUAAGUGCCUUUUACCUUUUCUCUUGUAUUUGGGGUGCAAGCAUUAUUGUCGCGGAGAAUUAUUUUGCCGACCCAACAAGCUUAUGGAAAGGAUAUCCCCACACAUACUUUCCAUUCCAGAUUAAAUUUUUCUACAUUUCACAGUUAGCAUACUGGUUUCAUGCAUUUCCAGAACUGUAUUUCCAGAAAGCCAAAAAAGAAGAUAUCCCCCGGCAGCUAGUCUACAUUGGCCUGUACCUCUUUCAUAUUGCAGGAGCAUAUUUACUAAACCUGAACCGCCUGGGUCUUGUACUUCUAGUGCUCCAUUACUUUGUAGAGUUUUUUUUCCACAUGUCUCGUCUUUUUUACUUCAGUAAUGAGAAAUUUCAGAAAGGAUUUACACUGUGGGCUGUUCUUUUUGUCCUUGGACGACUUCUCACACUCAUCCUAUCUGUUCUCACUGUUGGUUUUGGACUUGCUAGAGCAGAAAAUCAGGAUUUAGACUUCAGCUCUGGAAAUUUCAACAUUUUAGCAAUCAGAAUAAGUGUCUUGGCAUCUAUUUGCAUAACUCAGGCAUUUAUGAUGUGGAAGUUCAUUAAUUUCCAGCUGAGACGAUGGAGAGAACAUUCAGCUCCUCAUCCUCCCUCUCAGAAGAAGAAACCAGUGUCUGCUAAAGGCAAAAGCUCUAGAAAAGAAAAAGAAAAUGGAAUAAAUGGAACAAUAACAUCUAAUGGAGCAGACUCUCCCCGCAGUCGUAAAGAAAAAUCCUCUUAAAGGAAAAAGCGUUUUGCUUCCAAUGUACUCUGCUCCCAAAGAGAAGUUGCCUUGUGCUGUAAAAAGCCCCUCAGCACUAGAAUUCUUACUGUUACAACAAAUAAUGCAAUGUGUUUCAGUUCAACAGUAUGAAAUGAAACUUCAAGCUGUCCAAGGUGUUUUUAUAUUUGUUAAAUGCUAGAACUGCCACACAAGAAAAAAAAUUGUAUCAAUUUUAGUUAAUCUGCUGUCUGGAAGGUAAUCCUGCAGGUACAAUUUAAGAACAACAAAUCUUUAAGCCAAAUGUAUCGUUACAAAGUCUUUGUUCUUUUAUGUGGGGUAUCCAGAUUAGAGCAAAACCUCCUCCCUUUUUUUUUUUUUUUUUUUUUUUUUUAAAUAUAACUGUUCAUUUAUUCAGGGACACAUUUUAACAUUAGUUUGAUAUGUUGAAAUAGGGUUUAUAUAUGUAUGUAUAUAUAUAUAUAUAUAUAUAUAUAUAUAUAUAUGUAUGUGUAUAUAUAUAUAUAUAUAUAUAUAUAUAUAUAUAUAUAUAUAUAUAUAUAUAUAUAUAUAAUUUGUUUCCAUUAUCUUAAAUUCUCUCUAGUUUGAUAACAUGGUGAGCUUGCUCCUGUUUUCCCAAAAAAGUUUUCAGCAUUUGUAAAAGUAAUGCUCUGAGAAAUCAGUUGAUCGUUUCAGGUGUAACAAAACUCACAAAAUUGUAUUCAUUUCAAUGGAGAAGAUCAGCAAGCUGGCAGUGUAAUCAGGCUGAAGAUCUGCAGCAAGUUUCAACACAAUCCAUCUUUAAAAUAAAAAAAUCUAAUGAAAAACGUAAUUUUCAGUAUGUAGUUUACUAUGUUAAUAUGAACACAAACAUGUACCCAGUGUCCCUUCAACGUUGAGUGGCAUUGCAUUAAAGUAUUGGUAUUUCUCCUCUUGUAGUAGAGUUCCAGCAUCUUACACUUUUGAUAUGCCAAUUCAGAUGUUUGAGAUGUAAAUGCAAUCAUAAAUGUAUUUUCACUUCAAUUUUUUAUAAGCCAACUUUUUCUUAUUUGAUUAAAAACUACAAUAAAACAAAAAUUGUGGGCACUUAAAAUAAUAUUGGUUUUUAAAGUGUUAACAUUUUUUUUUCUUGGCUUAAAAAAAAAAAAAAAAGAAUCAACAACUGAUAAUGCCUUUUAUCAUGCUUGCCUUAAAAUUGUGAAAAAAGACAACACACUGUUAUUACAUUUGAUUUUGACAGCCAUUUUAUUAGAACAUUCGUAAUAAAGGCUUGUUGCAAAUUGCCACUGUGUGCCAUGAUGUGGCAAUGCGACUGAACCAUUUUAUUCAAAUGAUUUAUUUCAAAGUGUUUUGUUUCUGCAUAAAAUUAAUACAAACUGAUUUGACACAGGCUGGACUUAAGUAAAUAUUGACUAUGAAUAAGAAUCUUGCUCAUUCAUCUAUGAUUGUGAAACCGGGAAUUUUCGGUUCUCUGUAUACAGCAUUUAUAUUUUUGGAUAAAAUAAUAUAUAUAUUUAUAUCUUUACUAAUGAAAGCCUUAAAACAACGUGUUUAGUAUGUCUGUGUCAUUUGCUGUAAUUGUGAUGUGAAAAUUUUGAAUACUUUAAUUGGUUUAGCUAAUGAUGCCAUUGAGGUUUUUUGGGACCAGUUUGUAAAUGUUAAUUUGCUGAAACAAGUAAAGGCUUUUGUUUAAUGAA